AGAGUUGGCACACAAGUUGAGUAGUAUAUAUAUAUGUAAAGAUACAGAGUUUGAAACUUACUACUUUUCAGCAGCUUUAUGUGGUAAUGAUGUUGGAGGGUGAAGAAAUAUUUAGAGUUAGCAGUGCACGUAUAAGCAGUUCUAAUAUAUGGAGAAACAGUGGUAGAGAUUUCUUUUCAAGGUCUUCAUUUGAAGAAGAAGAUGAUGAAGAAGCAUUAAAAUGGGCUGCUAUACAGAAACUGCCAACAAAUCUCCGGUUAGAGAGAGGCAUACUAACCGAAGAAAAGGGUCUACUAACAGAAAUCAAUAUCAAGAACCUCGGAUUGUCUGAGAAAAAAAAUCUUCUAGAUAGGCUAGUUAGAAUAGCUGAGGAAGACAAUGAAAAGUUCUUGCUGAAGCUUAAGGAAAGGAUUGAUCGAGUUGGACUUCAACUUCCGACUAUCGAGGUCCGUUUUGAGCACUUGAAUGUUGAUGCAGAAGCUUAUGUUGGUGGCAGAGCAUUGCCUACUAUAGUCAACUUCUUGGUCAACAUCCUACAGGGAUCGUUAAAUUUUCUGCAUCUUCUUCCCAGCAGAAAGAAAACAUUCCCAAUCCUUCAUGAUGUGAGUGGUAUUGUUAAGCCUGGCAGAAUGACAUUGCUGUUAGGCCCACCAAGCUCAGGGAAAACAACGCUGCUUUUGGCAUUGGCUGGAAAACUUGGGUCUGAUUUACAGGUAUCCGGAAGAGUGACUUACAAUGGGCAUGAAAUGGGGGAGUUUGUCCCACAAAGAACAUCUGCUUAUAUAAGUCAAUAUGAUCUCCAUAUUGGAGAAAUGACAGUCAGAGAAACAUUAGCUUUCUCUGCCAGAUGCCAAGGAGUUGGAGCAAAUUAUGAAAUGUUGGCAGAACUGUCUAGAAGAGAGAAGGAAGCAAAUAUCAAGCCUGAUCCUGAUCUUGACAUCUACAUGAAGGCAGCAUCGCUAGAAGGGCAAGAAGCUAGUGUUGUCACCGAGUAUGUUAUGAAGAUUUUAGGUCUUGAAAUCUGUGCGGAUAUUGUAGUAGGAGAUGAAAUGUUCAGAGGUAUUUCUGGGGGACAAAAAAAGCGAGUCACGACAGGGGAAAUGAUGGUUGGACCAGCAAGAGCACUGUUUAUGGAUGAGAUAUCAACGGGUUUGGACAGUUCAACAACGUUCCAAAUAGUGAAUUCAAUCAGGCAAUCAAUUCACAUUCUUCAAGGAACUUCCAUGAUCUCACUCCUCCAACCUGCCCCAGAAACUUAUGACUUGUUUGAUGAUAUAAUACUUCUUUCAGAUGGUCAAGUUGUGUAUCAAGGUCCACGAGAAAAUGUGCUAGAGUUCUUUGAGCACAUGGGUUUCAAAUGUCCCGAGAGAAAAGCAGUUGCGGACUUCUUACAAGAAGUAACAUCAAAAAAAGAUCAAGAGCAAUAUUGGGCUAGAAUUAGUGAACCUUAUAGUUUCGUUACUGUACAAGAAUUCACAGAAGCAUUUCAGUUGUUCCAUGUGGGAAGAAGGCUUGGUGAUGACCUUGCUGCUCCAUUUGACAGAACCAAGAGCCACCCUGCAGCUUUGACUACUAAGAAAUAUGGUGUUACCAGAAAGGAACUAUUGAAAGCUUGUGUAUCUAGAGAGUACCUGCUUAUGAAAAGGAACUCUUUUGUGUACAUAUUCAAGAUGAUACAACUUAUUCUUUUGGCUACUACGUCAAUGACACUAUUCCUACGAACAGAGAUGCCAAAGAAAACAAUAGUGGAUGGAACAGUUUACAUGGGUGCUCUAUUUUUCACAAUACUCACCAUGACAUUCAAUGGAUUCUCGGAGCUUGCAUUAAGCAUAAUGAAACUUCCUGUGUUCUACAAGCAAAGAGACCUUCUCUUCUUUCCUCCUUGGGUAUACUCGCUACCCACAUGGAUCCUCAAGAUCCCAGUGACAGUUGUUGAAGCUGCCACUUGGGUAAUCAUGACGUAUUAUGUCGUAGGAUAUGAUCCAGAUGUUGGAAGGUUCUUCAGACAAUUACUUGUGCUCAUCUGCAUUCAACAGAUGGCUUCUGCAGUAUUUCGUUUCAUAGCAGCUUUAGGACGGAAUAUCAUUGUGGCCAACACAAUUGGCUCAUUCUCAUUUCUUGCCAUUCUUGUGCUUGGUGGUUUCAUCUUGUCCCGAGAUGAUAUAAAGAAGUGGUGGGCAUGGGGUUAUUGGCUUUCACCUUUGAUGUAUGGGCAGAAUGGUAUGGCUGUCAAUGAAUUCCUUGGAAAGAGUUGGAGACAGGUUUUACCAAACUCCACAGAAUCAUUAGGUGUUGCUGUCCUAAAGUCUCGAGGACUUUUCCCAGAAGCAAAAUGGUAUUGGAUUUCCGUAGGUGCUUUAGUUGGAUAUGUUUUCCUCUUCAAUAUCUUCUUCAUCUUGGCUCUCACAUACCUCAACCCCUUAGGGAAGCCUCAAGCAAUUCAAUCUGAAGAAACAGUGGCUGCAAGGAAUGCUUUAAAAAAAGGAGAUCCAAUUGAAUUAUCAGUGAGAGCUUCAUCAGGUGGGUCAUCAAGAACCAAUGUACAUUAUUUAUCAAUGUCAUCAAGAGUUGGCAGUAUAAUAGAAGCGCAUAAGAAAAAGAAGCAUGGGAUGGUUCUACCUUUUGUUCCCCUUUCCCUUACAUUUGAUGAAAUCAGAUAUGCGGUUGAUAUGCCUCAGGAAAUGAAAGCUGAAGGUAUCACCCAACAGCAGCUAGAACUAUUAAAGGGUGUUGGUGGUUGUUUUAGGCCAGGAGUUCUCACAGCUUUAAUGGGGAUCAGUGGUGCUGGUAAGACCACUUUAAUGGAUGUCUUAGCUGGACGAAAAACAGGUGGGUACACUAAGGGAAGGAUCACUAUCUCUGGGUACCCAAAGAAGCAAGAAACAUUUGCUCGCAUUGCAGGAUAUUGUGAGCAAACUGAUAUUCACUCCCCGCAUGUCACAGUCUCUGAGUCCUUGCAAUAUUCUGCAUGGCUUCGAUUACCUGCUGAAGUUGAUUCAGCAACCAGAGAGAUGUUUAUUGAGGAGGUGAUGGAGCUUGUGGAGCUAACUUCACUGAGCGAAGCACUUGUGGGAUUGCCCGGCGUGAAUGGGCUUUCAACUGAACAACGCAAGAGGCUGACAAUCGCAGUUGAGCUAGUAGCCAACCCGUCUAUAAUUUUUAUGGAUGAGCCUACGUCAGGAUUAGAUGCAAGGGCGGCAGCAAUAGUCAUGAGAACAGUGAGAAACACGGUUGACACAGGUAGAACAGUGGUGUGCACGAUACAUCAGCCAAACAUUGACAUCUUUGACGCUUUUGAUGAGCUAUUUCUUUUAAAACGAGGAGGGGAACAAAUAUACUUUGGUCCAUUAGGACGUCAUUGUUCUCAGUUAAUCAAGUAUUUUGAGGACAUUGAUGGAGUGAAUAAAAUUAAAGACGGCUACAAUCCGGCAACUUGGAUGUUGGAGGUGACCUCUGAAGCGCAGGAAGCAGCCUUAGGGGUUAACUUUGGUGACGUAUACAGAAACUCAGAACUAUACAAGAGAAAUAAAGAGUUGAUAAAGGAAAAUAGCCAACCUAUACCUGGUUCCUCUGAUAUACAUUUCCGUACUCAAUAUUCACAAUCGUUCUGGACACAAUGCAUGGCAUGUCUAUGGAAACAACAUUGGUCAUAUUGGCGAAACCCGCCAUACUCUGCAGUGAGGUUCCUAUUCACAACAUUCAUUGCCUUGAUGUUUGGCACAAUCUUCUGGGAUAUGGGCUCCAAAAGGGAUAAGCAACAAGAUCUUUUUAAUGCAAUGGGUUCUAUGUACGCUGCUGUAACAUUUAUUGGAGUACAAAAUGCUGCAUCAGUCCAACCCGUUGUUUCUAUUGAGAGGACAGUCUUUUACAGGGAAAGAGCUGCUGGGAUGUACUCGGCAUUUCCGUAUGCCUUUGGACAGAUUAUGAUUGAGGUGCCCUACAUUUUUGUUCAAACCAUUGUCUACGGAAUUAUUGUAUACGCAAUGAUUGGAUUCGAGUGGACACUAGUGAAGUUCUUUUGGUAUCUCUUCUUUAUGUACUUCACAUUACUAUACUUCACAUUUUAUGGAAUGAUGACAGUCGCGGUCACCCCUAACCACAACAUCGCUGCUAUAAUCUCAUCUGCUUUUUAUGCAUUAUGGAACCUAUUCUCGGGAUUCAUUGUUCCAAGGACAAGGAUCCCCAUAUGGUGGAGAUGGUACUACUAUAUCUGCCCUGUUGCUUGGACAUUAUACGGCUUGGUUGCUUCACAAUUUGGUGAUAUGGAUGACGAGCUAGAAUCAGGCCAAACAGUUUCAGAGUUCGUCAGCAGUUAUUUUGGGUUUGAACAUGACUUUAUAGGCUAUGUUGCAUUAAUCGUCGUUGGAUUUGCCGUCCUCUUCGGAUUUAUUUUUGCAUACUCCAUCAGGGCAUUUAACUUCCAAACACGGUAAAAAAAAAAGAUUAUUCAUUGCCCAGAUGAAGGUACACGAGACAACAGCCAUCCAUAAAUUAUUUCUUCUAUUUCAUCCUAUGUGGUAGAUAAUUUUAGUGAUAAACUGAGCUAUGAACAAGACGACCAAUGAAUCAUGCAUGAGUGCUUUUAUGUAUG